UUCCCCAGAGUCCACCCACCCACCCAAAAAACUCGUUCCAAAAUGCGUUUCACGGUUGCCCUUCUCGCGUUCGCUGCCACUGCCUUUGCGCAGUCAUCCUCUGGCCCUGCCUCGAGCCUCCCUGUCUCUGGCGCUCCCUCUGGCACUGGGUCUGCUCCACUCCCCAGUGGCUCGGCUGACAUCAGCGCCCUGACGCCCUGCAUCAUUGGCUGCCUCACUGCCGCUGGUCAGGCCACCGUUUGCAACACCUUCACAAACGUGACCUGCGUGUGCACCAACGCCGACUUCCAACAGAAGUCUGCGUCCUGUUUCCAAGGCGAGUGCAAGGCUGCUGAACUCGCCCCCGCUAUGGCCCUCCAACAGUCUCAGUGCGCCGCCGCCGGUCUUUCUGCGACUGCUCGUCCCACCGCCAGCGCUCCCUUCCUGCCCUCCAACCCCGCCGCUGACAUUUCCCGCUCUGGUUCUCCCUCUGGCUCGGCUGCUUCCCGCGCACCCUCCAGCUCUGGCUCGGCCCCGCCCAGCGCUGCUGCCCCCCUUGCUCUCCCUGGCAUGGGUCUUGUCAGCGCUGUCUCCAUCGUUGCCGUCCUCAUCGGAGCUGCUGCUGUCUUCUAA